AUGGGCGUCAUCAUAGGGGGCGGGGAGGUGGGCUCGGUGCUCACCGAGGACUCCGGAAACUGGGCCUCCCACUCGGCGGGCACACGUGGCCCAGGAGUGUGCCUGCCUGGCACUAGCACCCUGCUCGCGCUGCUGCAGGACUUCCCGGGGGCGCAAGGCGCCAGCGAGGCCCCAGUCUUUUCUUUCUCUGUCUCUCUCGUCUCUUGCUCUUGUUUCCCUUCUGCAGACCGAGUGUGUCAGCAGCCAGGACUUUCUCUCUGGGUUCCCUUCCAAAACGCAGCCACCGCGGUCACCAACCUCUACAAAGAAAGCGUGGAUACCCAUCAGCGGAGUUUUGAUAUUGGCAUUCAGAUUGGCUAUCAGCGACGCAAUAAGGAUGUGUUGGCAUGGGUUAAAAAACGCAGAAGAACUAUCCGCAGAGAAGAUUUGAUCAGCUUCUUGUGCGGGAAAGUUCCUCCACCACGGAACUCUAGAGCUCCCCCAAGACUGACUGUAGUGUCCCCUAACCGAGCUACUCCAACGGAAACUAGCUCAUCUGUAGAGACUGAUUUGCAACCCUUCCGGGAAGCCAUAGCUCUGCAUGGUCUUAGUGGUGCAAUGGCUAGUAUAAGCGUGCGGUCGAGUACCCCAGGCUCUCCUACACAUGUAAGCAGUGGAUCGAAUGCUAGUCGAAGGAGAAAUGGACUCCAUGAUAUGGAUUUGAACACUUUCAUAUCAGAAGAAAUGGCACUCCAUUUGGACAAUGGUGGCACUAGAAAGCGCACCUCAGCCCAGUGUGGCGAUGUCAUUACAGACUCACCAACCCAUAAACGCAACCGAAUGAUCUAAACUGCAGCCACGGCCACACCCACCAUGCUGCUUGAAAGCCACUCGAAUCCUCAACAUAUAUUAUCGCAAAGGAGACACGAGGCCAUCUUCCCGUGGUCAUUGUUUAAGGCGUGAAUUCCAGUGGUUGCCAUAAAAGGAAGUUCUCUAGGUAUUUCCGGUAGAUGCCUCGUGUCACUACGGCUUUCUUUAAACAAACAUAGAAUCCUAGCAGAGGACAUCAGAUACUGUGUAGUCGUUCGCAAGAUCAUCCUAUCCUAGGCAAACACAUAUCCGUUCCAAGGCUAAAAGUGACCUUAACUGUAUUUAUUCUCAAAGGGAAAGGGAAUAGCAGAUGUUUAUUUGAUUAUAGAAUGCUUUAUUUUUUUUCUCCAUUACCUGCUGUGUUGAGUAUUUUGCUUCAACAGUAUUGCUAGUCUUUCAGAAUGGUUUCGAACCCUGAUUUGGCUUCCAUUGUUGGUACAGCAGCAGCACUGUGCCACGCACCUGGUCUCUAGAGAGUCAGGCAGCGGGUGUAUCCCCUCGGACUAGUCCCCUCUAACCCCAACCCAUUUUCAGUUUCCUAAGCAGUUUCUAAUUCUGGUGAUUGUGUGGUGUACAGAGGUGCUAUGAUGGUCACGCAAAUAAUAUUUACUAUUGAAUCAGUACUCAGUGGUAUUGGGAGUCAGUGUGUGUGUAUGUGUACAUGUACGCACACACGAGCGAAUACGAGUAGGGGCGUGUGCUAGUGCGCCCCAAACAGCAUUAUCAUUAAACGCUGCGGCCCGUCCCCAGAUCUAUAGCCUUGGUCCUCUAUUUUCAGGCAAGCCCUACUUUCUGUCCUGUGGUUAAGUGUUAGCACAGACACUUAAGGUGACAGGUGGGCGGGGAGAGGUGUGUGUGUGCGUGUGCGCAUGCACACACACUUGAGUGGGCUUCCUUUGGGUGCACCAGAAAUGAGCACGUGGGAGGAGGGAGGAGGAUGGGUGGGCUUGGUGUCCUGUUGGAUAUGCCUUUGAAAGCCCAACUUGCUUAGUGCGUGUUGGAAUAAGGUGGAGGUCUCUUGAGGCUGCCUUAAGAGACAGCCUUACAGAGCAAAAUGUGGGCCCACGCAAGGUCCAGAAGAGGGGUGGGGGUCAGUGAAAUGACACACAAGAUCCCGGAGACUCUAGGCAGACACGACAGCAAAGCUGGCGACUGCGCCCUUCUGGAGUCAACAGCCUGCUCACAGCGAUGCAUGUCUUGGAGCGUGUUUCAUCCUGGUCCUUACUGUCUUGACCUGAACCAUAGCCGUAGAGGAAGAGCUGAUGUCAGCCUGUCAGGGACUCAUUUAGUCUAUCCUCUUCUGUUUCAAGUAGGACAGUGGAAAUGUUUCCUUGCAGACACGUUAGCCCUCCCUUAUCAGUUACUUUUUAAUCCUUUAAAGACGAUUGCAAAUCAGUGUAAGGAUUUUUGCGGGCCUCACUUACUGCACUUUAUUAAAGUUUGCAAUUCCUUCCACAUUUAGUCACCUCUGUGUGUGUGUGUGUGUGUUUGAAGAACCCUGGCUCAGUUCACUGUCAACGUGUACUGGCCAGUGGGGAAAGGAGCUGCAAGGCUGGGUGAGCUAGGCGUUCUGGGCCCAAGAGAGGCCCAGCCCUCAUGUAAACAAAUGGAUUUCAGGCUUGAAAUUAGGAACGCUAGUCAGGUAACUGCAGAUGUGAACCCCCGUUCCCCCCCACACGAAUAGCAUAGAGGAAGAGGUCAUCUUUGAAGAGCACCAGGCAGGUCUGUGAUGGCUCUCAGUAAGUCGCCUUCCCUUUGGAAUAGACCUAGACUUGCAUGCCUGGGAAGUCCCUGCCCCUCUCCCCAAUCUUUGGGUGUCAGUCUAGAGUGGGGUGGGGCCUUGCUCUCAAGGAGGGGUCAAGGCUGCUGUUCCCCAAGGAUGUUGAAACCGAGGAGCACUCGUCAGUCAUCUCCACUGGCCUCUUAAGAUGAAUGAAAAGGGUUUGAUACUCCCCAACCCCAUUUAUAUUUUUUGUUUAAAUCGGUGCUCUGAUACGUACCCUUUACUCUCAGUUGUCAAAAUUUUGCUAAACUGUGUGCCAUUUUCUUUGGUAGAGAAAGCGGGUCUUCCUGUCUGCCGGAACCCAAUUUAUAUGCCUUCACAUUGGCUCCAUUAAACUUGUACAAACCUUGA